CUGAAUAAGCUGAUUAAAAGGUGUAUGGGAUUUCAGAAAACGUCCUAUGCUGUUUCGAUCUGCGUUUUCGACGUUGGUAGGUAGGAUUCUGAAGAAGGUUUAGAACCAAAACGGCAGAUACAUUUGACAAGAGAUUCUUGGGAUGAGCUGUUAUGCCUUUCUGCAUAGGAAGAAGAUGUUGAAAGAAUCGUACAUCGGGCUUGUAUGUUUGUUAAUGUUGGACUCCUUAAUAACAGCUGACGCGGCAGUACCUAAUGAAGAGCAGAGGCUGCUGCAUGACCUCUUUCAAAACUACAGCAAGUAUUCCCGCCCUGUGAUGAGGAGAAAUGACCAGGUCGUGGUCACAUUCAGAGCAAAACUCAAACAAAUAAUUGACUUGAAGGACAACGAGCAACUCCUCCAGGUCAUUCUUUAUACAUAUCAGGAAUGGAAUAAUCCAUUACUGACAUGGAAUGAAUCUCAAUACGGUGGAAUUGACGAGAUCAACGUAGAUGCCUCCCAAGUUUGGGUUCCAGAUAUUGUGCUCUACAACAGCGCAGAGUUUACCUUCUCCGGGGGAACUCACAAGUACAAGACAGACGUCAUUAUUUUUGCUAAUGGAAGCUCAAUUUGGCUUGCACCUGCCAUGUUCAUUACAGUCUGUCACUUAGAUGUCAGAUUUUUCCCUUUUGACGAUCAAAAAUGCCCGAUGAAGUUUGGAAGCUGGACUCAUGACGAAACACGUUUAGACAUGCGCAUUCUUACCAAUGCGUCUAGCGAUGAUAUUUACACAGAGCAUGGCGAAUGGCAGCUACUGGGACUGGAGCAGAAAAGGACAUCAAAAUUGUACGACUGCUGCCCCAAACCGUACGUCGACAUAACAUACACUAUUCAUGUCCGCCGGAAGCCGCUGUUUUAUACUCUGUACCUGAUUGUCCCUGCCAUAAUAAUAACAGCCAUGGUCCUUGUUGGCUUCUACCUGCCGCCAGAGUCGGGAGAGAGGAUGCAGCUAGGCAUCACUGUACUGCUGGCCAUGAUUGUGUUUCUUCAGCUGGUUUACCAGAACCUUCCUUCCACCUCCAACAGUGCCCCCCUUUUAGGAAAGUUCUACAUCGCCACAAUGUUUCUGAUUUCCCUUUCACUAGCCGCGACCUGUGUAGUGCUAAACUACUCGUACGGUCGCCAUUGUGAUGGUGAGAUGCCGAUGUGGGUUCGAUUGAUCAUUCUAGAUUGCCUCGGAAGAGUUUUUGGAUCAUCAAACAAAAAUUCUGGAAAGAGAAGGCGAAUGAUAACAAGUGAUGACAUUUUAAAGAGAAAUGAAUGGAAAACUGCUGCUCACAUACUGGAUAAAUUCUUUAUGGCUUUCUUUGCACUCAUAAUAACUAUCAUGUCACUCUGUUUCUUUUACCAAGCUCCUCAUUUUUAGGUUGUGAUAGAUAUUUAUCAGUAAAAGAAAAGAAAGUGAGAAUAAACCCUUUACCAAUGCA